AGGGGGAGAGGAGAUGGAGAUGGGGAUGGGGAGGGAGAGGAGUUGGGGAUGGGGAUGAAGGGACAGGUAGAAGGCACGGUAGGCAGGCAAGUAGGCAAGAAGGCAGGUAGGUAGGUAAGUAGGAUAGGCAGGCAGACAAACAGGGCAGGGAGGAGGCAGGUAGGUCGCGUAGAUAGGGGAGGCAGGUAAGCAAGCACUGCAGGGCAGGCAGGUAAGUAGGAGAGGCAAGCAGGCAGGUAGGUAGAUAGAUAGGACAGGAAAGAAUUAAGGUAGGUAAGUAGGAGAAGCAAGCAUUCAGGUACGUAAGUAGGGAGGUAGGGGGCGUAUAGUACAAAGCUGGUUCAGGAGUAAAUAAGAGGCAAAUAAUCUAAUAGAAGAACCUGAGACUUCUGGUUUACUCCUGAACCAGCUUUGUAGUAUAGGACCCGGUAGGUAAGUAGGAGAGGCAGCAGGUAUAGUCAGGCCUGCGUGCUGUCAUAAGGGCUGCUCACUACCUGCCUAGCCACCUAUCUGUUCAUUACCUGCUCACAGCUUUACCCUGCCUCAGGACAGCAGGUUAUAGGCCUACGCUGCAUGGUUUCCCAUUUCAAGCCAAAGAAAAUUAGGUCAUAUAGAACAAACAAUUGAAAAGCAAAAGCCCUAAAUGUCUACCAGGCACAGGCCCUAUCUGGUUACGGUGGCAUCCAUGGAAAAGCAUUUCUAACAAGGAAGCUGAAAACAGAGUUGUCUUGUGAACGUGAAGGGUUUACAUUCAUACGCUAAACACAUUUGUAGGUCGAUAUUCAGUAUGUUUAUUCAACUUCCACAUUAAGAAAAGGUAAAUAACUAAAGUAAAGUAUGCAACACGUGAAAGGCCCCGGGGAGCUUGGUGGGAUUAUUAGACUUGGGGUCUGGGGGGCUGCAAGACCCCUGUUGGUUACGUGCGCGGCUGCCUAGUUCUAGUGUCCCGUGUCAACACGGGAAAUGUCAAAAUGAAGUCAUUUCUUGGCAGCUCGCGCGGCACAGUCUCUACCUUGCUGCCUGUCAGCGCCACAGCCGAGGGCCUGAAAAAGGACUCAAGGGAAAGCACAAUGGCAAUUCUUCAGGUAUCGUGCGCUCUGUGCGUCGCGCUUCUGGUUAUCGUGGAGGGCUUCACCCAUGAGGACAUGAAGGACGCGAUGCUGCAGAAGCUGGGGCUCGACGAGGUGCCAAGGAUCCAGAAGAGGGAUUUGGAGAACCUGGUUAUCCCAGCGCAUAUCAAGAACAAGUACCUCUCCAUGCUCAAACUGCACAACAAGAGACGGCGCCGUGCGCUACCAAGCCUUGCUGGAAUCCUGAGAGGAAUUCAUGGGAAUGCAGACAUCUCAGGUGACUUCGUUUACUCCGAUGCCACUCGUCAGCGGAUAGUCUUUGACAUGGAGGCAAGGAUACCAGAGAACAGCGAGGUCACCAUGGCCGAACUCAAACUCUACAAAACAGUUCCAAGAAAACGUUACACGCCUGAAAGGAAGCACCACAGGCCAGUAAACAAUGCCAGGGUCAGCAUCUAUUGGGUGGAUGUCCUGGAAAACGGCUCCAACAGAACGUCAGUUGUGGAUUCAAGGUUGAUCCCCAUCCACGAGACUGGCUGGAUUAGCUUUGAUGUGACUCAGGCUGUGCACUAUUGGUCGAAAAGGCAACAGAAGACCCCAAUGCACCUGGAGGUGUGGAUAGAGGGCGAGAGACCCGGCAGCUACGCGGCGGAGAUGGCAAAGGGUGUCCAUUUUACCACUCAGGACCCCAGCGAGAACGCCAUGGUGCGACCGGAGCUUGUCCUCUACACACUCAACCUUGAUGAAUUUGGGGCAAGUGGCGACUGCGAAGCCAACACCGACAAGCCAACCUGUUGUCGUGAAAAGUACUUCAUUGACUUCCGAGCCCUCACGUGGACCCAGUACUGGGUCAUCGAACCAGCAGGGUACCAGGCAUUCCGGUGCACUGGCGCGUGCAAACAGCCGAAGCGCAACUACGGUUACGGAGAGAGGAAAUGCGCCGUGGUGGAGAGCGCGCCUCUGCCAAUGAUGUACCUGGUGAAAAAGGGCGACUACACAGAGAUCGAAGUGGCAGAAUUCCCUAAUAUGAUCGUGGAGAAGUGUGGCUGCGCAAUGGACAACAUCUCUGUAGUCUGAAGUGGAGACGUUUGAACUAUGACUAACCUUAAGUACUUUUAUGGUGGACGGCAGAAGACGAAUUAUUCCGCCAGGGGACUUCUUUAUCCUAAAGCACUUGAACAUUGUAAAUAAAGAAGAUUCGUGUCAGAGGAGUGCAUUUUGUAAACCCAAUGGGGCCACAAGGAAAUAUCUGAUACUCAGAGUAUAUUUUUGACCUGUAAAUAGUAUGAA